AAAAAAAACUUUCUCACGGACGGUGACAGCGAAACGGAUAAUAGUCUUCAGUACCUGCUGGUCUUUGAAGCUCUGGAUUCUGGGACUGUUGGAAAAGCUCCAACAAAAUGAGGAAGAGGAGGGAGAAACACAAUUAGAUUGAAUUACAAUUGGAUGGAAGUCGAGGACAAGGAGAAGGAAGCUUAGGAUGAGGAGGAAGAGAAGCAGCAGAAGCAUCUUUAGGGAUCUCUAUGAUGUCAUUGAGAGGCGGCGGCGAGAGGCGGGACCUCGACUCAUCCAGCUGGAGAGCCUGAUCAGGAGGCGUCGAACAUUAACUCUGCUCUUCCAGGGCACCCUGCAGACUCGGCUGCUGGCAACAGCGAGGGAGUGCGGCCGUCGCUGGGAUGACGUGAACGCCAAACAGGAGUCCAUCACAGGUCGACUGCAGCUCCUUGUCUCAGAGUGGGAGGGAUUUGAAGCACAAAGGGAGGACCUUGUCGUUUGGUUAACUGAUAUCGAUGUCCACCUGAGUGCGGUUGACCAGCUGACAGGAAACACCUGUGAAAAGCUGAAACAACUGCAGGUGUGGGCUUGUUUUGAUAUGACAUAUAUUUGAUAUGAUACAUACGUCAAGAGACAUUAUCCUAAACUGGACUAACAAAGAACCAUGAGUCCAACAUGAAACUUACCUUGCAUAAGGUAAGGCUGAAGUUCAUUGAUAAUUUUAAUCAAAAACUUGUUGUUGAAAUAUUUUUACUGAACAUGCAAACAUCUGCUGAUGAAAAUGUCUUGA